GCAGCAGUAGGGCAAAAAAGCAGAGGUCCGCGCUCGUCAAGCUCAAGCUUCAAGUGGGCGUUUAGAGCCAAUUUGAAUCUGGUGGACCCAAAUCAGGCAAGGGCGCCCCGACGCGUAGUCACGUGGUUGGUAGCACUGACCGUCCCUCGUGUCACUGUCAUACUCGGUUUUCUUGCAUUCCUGUGCCAUGAACGACGAUUCCGGGGACGAAUACCCUGAUGCGCCGCUGGACGGAGGAAACUUUGGGAGCCUACCGACUAGUACGACUAUACAGGCCUUGAAGAAUACGGUGCUGAAGUCUCAUGGUCGACCACCAUGGUACGGUGAAGACGGUCAGCCAAUAUCGGACGCGUUUCUCAUUGGAAUAGCUGGCGGGUCUGCGAGCGGAAAGACCCACGUAGCGCGCCAGAUCGUCCAGUCACUCGGAUCGAUACCCACUGUAGUGAUCUUGUCUCAGGAUAGCUUCUACAAACGGCACACUCCCGAAGAGGUCGCCCUUGCUAUGGAUAACAAAUACGACUUUGAUCAUCCGAGCGCUCUAGACAUGCCCAUGUUUGCACAGUGCCUUAUGGACCUUAAGAAGUGUCGACAGACAAAUGUGCCCGUCUAUUCAUUCACGGAACAUCAACGAUUGGAUGAGACACAAUAUUUGUACGGCGCUGCUAUUGUAAUUGCCGAGGGGAUCAUGGCCCUGCAGGACCCGGCACUGCGAGCCCUUUACGAUCUCAAGAUAUUUGUUCAAUGCGAUUCUGAUCUCAUGCUCGCUCGUCGGAUCCGACGUGAUGUCAAAGAGCGCGGCAGGAGUGUCGAUGGCAUUCUGGACCAGUAUCUCCGUUACGUGAAGCCCGCAUAUGAUAAUUUCGUCUUCCCCACGUCUCGCUAUGCUGACAUUAUUGUACCCGGCUCUGACAACCAUGUCGCUAUUGAGUUGAUCUCGACGCACAUACGGAGGCAGUUGCACGAGCGUGCGAGACGUUUCCGGCCGAAGAUGGUGUCUAGGCGGCCCACCGGCCUAUCCCCGCCCUCGACAGUCAUGAGUAAUGUGUCGGACCGGCAUCCAAAUCUGAUUCUAUUGCCGCAGACACCCCAGCUUCAAGGGAUAUACACUAUUCUGCGGGAUGAGACGACGUCGAAGCAGGACUUCAUUUUCUUCGUAGAUAGGUUAGCAACAUUGCUGAUUGAAGCCGCCGUCGAGCUACUGCCUUUCCGGCCCAAGUCGGUGGAGACGCCGUGUGGAGUAGAGACGCCUGGUAAAGAGCUUGAUGCUGGUAACGUCUGUGGUGUUACCAUUCUACGGUCAGGCGGCCCGCUUGAACGCGGUCUUCAGCGCGUCAUCAACGAUGCCCUUCUUGGAUCUCUGCUCGUGCAAACGGACUCCGCGACUGCAGAGCCGUUGCUGCUGCACGUUAUGCUCCCGGUAUGCAUCAGAGAUAGGGCGCAAGCAAAAGACACUUGGGCAUUUCUGCUAGAUGCUCAAAUCGGUACAGCAGCAUCAGCCUUUAUGGCUAUCCGUGUCCUUCUGGAUCACGGCGUUCGUCAAGACCACAUCGUAUUCAUUACCUUCCUAGUCGCGCGCGACGGUGGGAUAUCCACCUUACGACGAGCAUUCCCGGAGGUUCGGAUAGUGACCGGCGCUGUCGAUGCGAACUUGCGUGAACUUUGGAUUGAAGAGCCCGCCAAUGAGAGCGACACUUUGGUUCGUCGCAGGAAGGUUUGGGUCAUCGAACCUGGCAUGGGUCAAAUAGGGGAUCGGUACUACCUAUAGGCAUGCAUACGCAAGAACCUAGCAUAGUAUACACAUCUCUCCGUGGAAAUCCAGAUUUAUAACAUUGGUUCGAAUUGUCGCAGAGUUGCCAGCGCAGGGUAUUUGCGGAACCGAACCAGGCAACAGAAGGGUGUCAUAAAUAUUACAACUGCAGUCGUUUUCAUCCAUAGUAGGGUAGCGAUACGGAUAGGAUAGUAUGAAGGUUAAACGCUACGACACGCGAAACUAGCAGUAGGUUAUUAUGAAAGAACCACAAAGGAUUGUACAGAUUAUGUAGCUGGUGGUAGUGUGCGCCGGAACAAAUCUAUAUGAGAAGAA